UAAACAAAAUGACUCAGGUUCAAAUCCUCGGGCCUCGUUUAGAUUAGAGUGGAAUAUCUUUCCUAAUUAAAAAAAAUUAAAAAAAAAAAAAAAAAAAAAAAGAUAAACUAAAGGCUAAAAUUGAAAAAGUACACCUAAUUAAAAAGGUAAUUUUUUACAUCUGCUUUGGCGACAUUCUUGUGUAGGCACAGACGCUCGACUUCUGCCUGAAAAAAGAUCAUAGAGGUGCUUCUAAGUGGUUCCUGUCAACAUGCUUGUUUCUAGACUAUCUGCGGUCAGAACUCAGAUGAUCAAGCAUCUCGUAAAAGCUCCAUUGACGUCUGCACCAAAGACAGGAAACUUCAGUGGACGCUACGGUUAUAUUUUCCACAAUCCGAAGCAUCAAACUUACUCUUCGACAACUGCUCAUGAAGAGGGGGAUAAAAAAGUAGAAGAAAUUUCUGUCACAUUUGUUGACAAGGAUGAGAUGGAGAAGCAUAUUAAGAUUCCCGUUGGAAUGUCCAUACUAGAAGCUGCUCAUGAAAAUGACAUAGAACUUGAAGGAGCAUGUGAAGGAUCGUGCGCUUGCUCAACAUGUCAUGUGAUUGUGAGAGAUAUGGAAUACUACAAUAAACUCGAAGAUCCAACUGAUGAGGAAAACGACAUGCUGGAUCUUGCUUUCGGGCUCACCGAGACGUCCCGUCUGGGUUGUCAAAUGGUUGCAAAACCCGAACUUGACGGAAUAUGCCUUGAACUGCCGAGUGCAACACGCAACUUUGCUGUUGAUAGGUAUGCCAAAGCCACAUAGAAUAGAAUUCUUUUGAUAGGAAGGAGAGAGUAGGACAUUUUUUGGUUAGGAAGCAAACGAAAGCUAUGCCAUUCUUGUAGCAGGUCCUAUAUUGCCAGUUUUACGCUUCAAACACUAAUUAAAGAAGUGACUUCAUGAAAUUUGUUUGUGCCAGGAAUUUCGUUGAAUAAUUUAUGCGUAGUGAUUGACAUUUCGGUU